AUGUGCUGUUCCUACUUUUAAAAUUUUUAUCUUCUUUUUUUGUUUACAAUAAAGAAGAUGGAGAAACCAUUGGUUUUUUUUUCUCAACUAAAUAUGUCAGAUCCAAAGGAAAAAACUUUCUACAAGGCGAUUCAUGCAAUAGGAAAAGAAGCAUUAAACAAAGACAUAAAAAACAGAGGUAAAGAGAAGAGAAAUAGACUGAGCCUUCUAUUGCAGAAACCUGAAUUCCAUGAAGAUAUCAACCCUGGUAGUUCUGAGAACUUGGCCAAAGGCAUAAGUGUCUCCCCUGAAGAAGCAGUUAAAUGGGGUGAAUCCUUUGAUAAACUGCUUUCCCAUAAAGAUGGACUAAAUGUUUUUACCAGGUUCCUUAAAACCGAAUUCAGUGAAGAAAACAUUGAAUUUUGGGUAGCCUGUGAAGAUUUCAAGAAAAGCCAAGAACCCCAUCAACUGCUCCAUAAAGCACAAGCAAUAUAUAAGAAAUACAUACAGAAUGAUGCUCCACAGGAGGUUAACCUUGACUUUCACACCAAAGAAAUAAUUUUUAAGAGCAUCUCCCAACCCACCAUCCACCUUUUUGAUGCUGCUCAAAGCAGAGUUUAUCGACUUAUGGAGCAAGAUAGUUAUACACGCUUUCUGAAAUCUGACAUCUAUUUGGACUUAAUAAAUGGAAGACCCUUGAGAACAACAAAUCUUCGACGGCGAUCACGUUCAUUUACCUUCAAUGAAUUCCCAGAUGAAAAACCAGAUCUUGCCAUUUGGCUAUAAAAAAACAAAACAAAACAAAACUUAAUUUUACUCAUGCAUCAUGGUAAGUUAUUCCAACAUGGUCCAUAUAAUAUUGGCUGUUUAUAUUUAUAAAUUGAAUCAAUUUAAAUUUGUCAUGUGGGUGAAUUUAAAAACCUAUUUGGGAAUACUUCUCACAGUAAAAGGAUGCAGUGCAAUGGGUAUUGUGUCCAUAUAUACCUCCAUUUAAGAAAAAAAAAACCCUUCAAUAUACAAUUAAAAAAAAAGAAUUCUCAAUGUAUGGGAAGAGUGAUAAUUACAUAUUAAGUGGGACAAAGGAUAAGAUCUGCAAAAACAUAAUAGUUUGUAAAAAUGUUUGUGUAUGUAUAUAUAUGUGUGUGUGUAUAGAUAUGCAAAUAUUCCAUAUUUUAUAUUAAAUUUAAAAAAUUGUAAUGUUCAGAAAAACAAGAUAAAAUAGGACAUAUAAGAACUAGCCCUAGAAUAACUAAGACCUGGGUUUAAUUCCUGCCUCUGGAUAGGAGUACAAAUAGGAAAUAAAGAAUGGACAUGUGAUUUCACUGAUGAAAGAAACUUCUGGAUGAGUAAAUUCCCUCUGUAAUGCAACUUAUAAUCUUUGAGUUGCCCUAUGAGUAGUAUUUUUUAAAGAAACUAUAUAAUGAUUGUAAUCCAUAUUGCCUUGAAUAUGACUCACAUAUGAAUCUUUAAUAAGGAAUAGAACUAAUAUAUAGACAUAUGCUUUAUUUUAGAAGUAAUUAAUUUUCAAUAUUGCAUGGCAUUAAUGUCUAUAUUUGAAUGAUACUGUACAAUUAGCUUUCACAUCUUCAUGUACUUAAAAUGUAGAGAAAAAUUAAAGAAUUUAUGUUAAAAGUUUCAUCUUUAUUAUUCAAUCUACUUUGAUUUAUUACUUGCUAAAAUUAGUUGCUGUUCAUUCAUUAUCAAUUAAACUUA